CAUGUGUCUCAAUUACCUCGGGGUCCUUUUCCACUGCCAAUAUUAGGCAAUGUGUUGAUCUUUAAGAUCACAAAAGUCAAUCAAUUCAUUACAAUCAAUGAUUUACACAAAACCUAUGGACCGGUAUAUACACUUUGGAUGGGAACGACACCAAUGGUUAUCAUCGCUGACUAUAAUUUAGUUAAAAAGGCAUUCAAUUCAAAGAAUAAUGAAUUAAUGGGUCGUCCGGUGAGUGGAUUAAGAAAAUUGUUAUUUAAAUGUGGAAAUGACGUGAUUUGUGCCAAUCAUGGCCCAGUUUGGGCCAGCCUUAGACGGGUUGCCCACUCGGCGGUCAGAAAACUAACGGUAAGUGAAGAGUUGUCUGAAUUGGUGGACGAUGUGGUCAAUGAAACCGUUGAGACAAUGAUUAGUAAUGAAAGCAUCGGUAAACCAUUUAAUCCCAAGACUUAUAUCUAUAUGUCUGUCCUCAACAUAUUCGCGUCGUCGGCUUUUGGCAAACGCUAUUCCUUUGAUGACAAAGAGCUCAAGUUUUAUGAGAAAAGUUUUCAGUCGUUUAGAGCCAACACUAAUGAGAAGGCGCUCUCCAAUUACAUACCAUUCCUCAAGAGAUUCUAUUCAAAAAGUGUUAACAAAACUGUCGAAAGUUUUACAAAUUUAUCGAUUAAUUUAAAACAGAAAUAUUUGGAUCGACUGAAAGUGCACUCAAAGGGAGAGAUCCAUGACUUCUGCGAUGCGCUCAUUGAAGCCAAAGAGGAGGCCAUCGCUGACGAGGAGUCCGCUCUUCAUCUCAACGAUCAGAACCUAUCGCUAGUUAUUAUGGAUCUCUUCAUAGCGGGUGCGGACACAACAGAGAUAACGAUGCGAUGGAUUAUACUAUUGAUGGCAAACAAUAUAGAAAUGCAGUUAAGAAUGAGACACGAAAUCAAUGAUAUUAUCGGCGAUAGAGUGGCAGACAAUCGCCACAAGAAUGACUGCCAUUAUGUCAACGCUUUCAUCGCUGAGACUCUUAGAUACAGAAGUCCUGCACCGUUAGGUUUGGCACAUGUGGCACUUUGUGACUAUCAAUUGGAGAAAUAUCACAUCAGUAAGGGAUCACAGGUUUUCAGUAAUCUGUACGCAAUAUCCCGUGACCCCAACCUAUGGCCCAAACCGGAUGUCUUCUCCCCCAACAGGUUCUUAGAUAAGGACAACAAAUACAUGUCAGCCCUCCCGGGGUUCACACCCUUUGGAAUCGGACGGCGUAUAUGUUUGGGUGAAAGGCUGGCGCUCGCGGACCUCUUCUACAUAACUGUCCGCCUAUUGAAGUCCACUAAAGACUAUGUGUUUGCGUUGCCAUCGGGUGGGGGUACGGCUGAUUUGGAUCUGGACCCAAGUAUAUUAUUUUUCGGGGCUCCCAAGAGUUACGAAAUAUUUCUUGUAAAGAAUUAAUUAAAAGUUAAUAUUUAGCAUAUUAUUAAUACCAUUGCAUUCUUGGUUUAUUAAAAUUGGGAAUUUUAUAUCAUUUUACAAUUAUCAUUGAUUAUCGCACUACUAUAGUAGCAUUGUUUUUAAAAUUGU